AUGCGCCCACCCAUCCAUUGCGUCAUCCCACUUCCAGCUUCGCGCGCCAGACUCCCACACCUUUUAGCCUCCCACACCCCGCUACGUCUAUCCAGCGCAAACCUCUACCAGCGCAACCUCCUAUCUACACCCACUCGCAUCAGACCCCUCACAACAACACCCACCAUGGCCUCUGACGACGCCUACAUGUCCUUCCUCGACAAAGCCAACACAGACGUGAGCGGCGACAAACCCCAGACCUCCGCCCAAACAACCACCGUGACCAGCUCCCUCCCAGUCCCCAAACCCCUCCAAUCCCUCAACCUCUACUACACCUCCGACACAGACGAGCCCUUCGAGCCCAUCGCGCUGAACUGGGAUGGCGCAAAGUGGCCCACAGCCGACCAGUUCUCCUCCCUGAUUUCCCCGGAUACCGACCUGUCCUCGUCCAUCGAGAGUCUGGACCCUGGCUCCUUUGAUCCCCAGAACCAGUACGCUGCCGCGUUGGAUGCUGUGCGCGAUGCGUCGGGCGAUAAGAGUGCGGAGCUGAAGAUCUUCCGGGUUGAGAUUACUAGUACCAAAAUUGAAUAUUGGAUUUUGGCAUUUGCGAAGCCGGAGGGUCGUCUUGUUGGUCUUCGUGCGAAGGCUGUUGAGUCGUGA